AUGGCAGGUGAUGAAACCCCGAAGGACCAAAAUUUAAUGUUCGACACAAGCAACAGCAUAAAUCACCUGACCGGAAAUGAAUUCUAUUUCUACUCUAACGACGAUGUGGGGGUGUAUAGAAAAAAGACGCCCAGUGAAUUCCAAAUUGGGGAAGCGAACACCAGUGAGUGUAACGAGUUGCCCCCCGUAACCACGAAUGAUAGGAACGUCAGGGAGGACAAAGUGAAAAACGUACAGAAAAACGCACAGAAAAAUGUACAGAAAAACGUAGAGAAAAACGUACAGAAAAACGUGGAGAAAAACGAGAAAGAAGCAGAAAGGAACAAAGCAUGCAGAGAGAUAAAAAAAAAACAGAGGGACGCAAAUGACUACUUCUGCACUGAUAAGAUGAAGAAGCAACACACGUAUGAGGAAAGAGAAAAAUUUGUCUUUGAACAGGAAAUUGGCAAAGUGCAUGAUGUGUACAAUGGGGAAGAAAUAAUGAAAAUUAUUAACAAAUUAAAUUCUAUAAGGAAAGAAAUCGAAACGGUCAUAUACAAAAAGUUAGAAACAAAAUAUGUAGAGUUCCUCUCCAUGUCCAGCAAGAUUAAAGACAUUGAAGUCUUCAUAUCAAAUAUUAAAAACUUAGUGGCAGAAAAUACGAGCGAGUUGAAAUUCCUGCAAGACAAGAAAUAUAAGGAAAGUCUAAACAUAAUUAACCUUGUGACGAGAAGGAAAAAAUUCCAGAAAAUAAACUUAACAAUUUUAACCAUAUAUAUUAUCCACAUAUAUGAUAAAAUAAUUUUUAAAAAUAUUUUAAGAAAAGAUUAUGAGUAUGCAUCUCUCACUUACUUUGAGCUAGCCAAAUUUUUGAACACAAAUGGAAAACUUCUCCACCACCUUAACUGUAUACACCAUUUGAAGGAAAAAAACUUGGUAGAUUAUUUCAACAGAUUGAAGCAAAAAAAUCAGACCAAUUUUGUCGAAUUUUUAUUUGCAAAUAAUGGGAAUAAAAAUCUACAAUCCCAGUUAGAAAAGGCCUUCAAAAUUUAUUUCUUCCUUUUUAAAAAAAAAAACUCCAAUUUUAUCGAAAAUUUGCUAGCCUAUGUCUACCAAUGCUUCCGCAAAAUUUCAAAGCAGGUUAUUUUUUCCUUCGUAAUUGUAAGCAAAAAGGGAGGAGGAAACAGAGCUAACCAAAGGGAAGGCAAACAAAAAGGAAGUCACCGAGAUGCCCAAAAAAAAGAAGCGCAAAAUAGUAAGCACCUGAAAAGGGAGGAAAUGGAUAACUCCACCACACAAUACCUUGAUGAAGAAAAAAAAUUAUUUUGCUCAGAAGACAAACAAAAAAAAGCCCAACAUUGUGAAUUAAAAACGAGUGAUUCGCACCAGCAGGGGAUUAAUAAUGCUCCUCCAUUCUAUCACAAAAAUGUGCAUCAAAUUUUGAGUGAGAAAAUCCCCAACCGAGGGAAAAAUUUCACACAGAGUGGACACCCUAACCAAAACGAAGGAACACCCCAGGGUCUGCCACAUAAUGCUGAUAAUAUAAACGAUGUGAUUAGCUGCACAUACGAAAAUGCAGAGGGGUUAAAAACCGCAAGUAAUAAAAACACACAUAAUAACUCCCCGUCGAGUGAAAAUAACCCAAAGGAGAGACUCCAAAUUGACAUAAACCAGCUUCAAGAAGAAGACAAUUUUUUGUUUAUUCCGCUAAACGAGUUGGUACAAAAAUUAAACGAAAAGGGCUGCUUCCUCUCGCUUGUUAAAAUUUACGAAAUUGUCUUUGAUGUCCUGAACAAGUAUGACUCAAUCAUCAUUUAUUUAUUAACUUAUCAAAAAAAUGAAGCAUCUAGGGGAGGUUCGAAAGGGACAAAGAUGGACGCCAUCUCACUUAAUGGUAACAAUAAAAACAACACUGUGUGUGACACGAGCCAUUUUUCGAAGCCCCACACCGAUGGGGGAAGUGCCACCCCUGGGAGGGAUUCACCUGGGAGAGAUUCGCCUGGAAGGGAUUCCCCUGAUCGAACUGGCAAGCUACAGAGCGACCAUUCUGAGGAUAACGAAUUGGAGAAAGUCCGCUCCACGUUGGAGAAAGACCGCUCCGCGUUGGAGAAAGACUGCUCCUCGUUGGAGAAAGACUGCUCCUCGUUGGAGAAAGACCGCUCCUCGUUGGAGAAAGGGCACACCUUGGACGAUGCCAACUGGGAAGGAGGAGACCACCCGGAUAACUUCAGCUUCUACGACCUAUUCAACGAAUAUAAAAGCGAGAAACGCUUUUCCACUUUCUCAAAAUUUUAUCAAACGAGCGACGGAAGUAGCUGUUCCCCCCUAAUAACCGAUUUUCUAAAAAACGUCGACAUUGAAAAUUGCCCCUUUGCAGAAUAUUCCCAAAAAAUUAAAGAAAAAAUUGAAUCAUAUUUAAAAGGUAGGAGCGUCCAUUAUGAGCACUCCGAGGCGUUCCUGCAUUUCGCACUAGACAAUGCGAAUAAAUUGAUAAGCGCCAAAAAUAAGUUCCUAAAAAAUAUAGAGAAAGCGCUCAAAACGAUUAUCGAACAUAUGAGAUUUGAGAACUUUGGUUUUCAUUACAUAUUCCGGUUUGCAGUGGUCACCAUUAUGUUUUGCCUGAAUUCGUUUCUCUUCGAGAGGAACUCAUCCAACGGUUGCAUCUACCAUUUGUGGGUGGACAACAUGUGUGGAAUUCUUCCAAAGGAAGUGCACCACGAAAAGGAGGUUCAAAAUGGGGACGUAACGGAGAGCCAAAUGGAGGGACAACAAAAUGGCGAACCCCCAAUUCUGCGCAAGGAGGAGCAAAGCAACGAUAAUCUUCGGGAACACUACCAGACACACAUCGAAAUAGAGGCACUAAAAAUUAUUAACAAAACCGAAGGGGAGUUACCAACCUAUCCAGAUGCUCACCAACUGGGAAGUAAAAUGAAAUGCACAGAAAUUGCCAAAACUGGGAAGGCACAAAAUAGACAAAGUAGCACAGAAGAAGUACACCCAUGUGCAGCUCAUAUUGUGGAUAACAAAUCGAGCGAGAAAAACCAACCGGAAAGGCAGAAUUACCAACCGGAUGUGGAACAAAUAUGCAGGGAAUAUUUUCUGAAUGAAAGUGCACCUUUCCGCUUUGCAGAAGAGGAGAAACGAACCCAAUUCUUCUACGAUCUGCUUAAAAGCAGUCUCAUUUUUGAAGAAAUGGAAAAAAAAAUUAAAAAUAAUUUCCCCCAUUUUUUUUACCUUAAUGGGAAAAAAUUAAAUGAAGCCAUUAAUAAAGACAACUGGGUUCGCAUACCUGCAAGGAUAAAUCAAUGCAUCUUUAAAAAGAAAUUUCAUUUUUUUCAAGUUAUAUCGCUAUAUAAGAAAACGUUUUACGAUUUUUUGAAUGUCCCCUUUUCGGAAAAUCCCCUAAUCAGUUUUAACUUCAAGAGGCUAGAAGAAGAGUUGUGUUCCGAGACAGACCUACCCCCCGAGCAUACAAACGCGCAUGGACACGAAAAGUGGCUCUCAUCUAAAUUGAGUAAUCAUGUGAUGAAUGACACCAGUUGGGGUAAAUCCACCACCAUUAGUAGCGAUCCACCCGAAGUGAAAAAAAAAACGAUAAACUGUCACUCACACGAAACGAGCGAAGAGGCUUACCAGAACAAGACACACAAAAUGGAGAAUAAGAAGGAAAAUUUCCACAUUAUUAACUUUGACAUCGUUUUAUCAAACAGUAGCAGCAUGCUCAUCUGUGUGCUGCAGAAUUAUUUAAUGCUGGAAGAGCUGCUGCCCAAUUUGAAGGACGAAAUAAACCAGUACAUGUUAAAAGUAAUCGAUUUUUACAUGUACGUGUUAUGCUGCUAUUUUAUGAAAAGGGAAACCUUGGAAGAACUUCUCAUUGACUUAAAAAAAUACAACGACAGGUUAGGCAUAAACAACUUAUUUUUUAUUAUAAAGAAACAAGAAAAGUACAAACAUUUGUACAACUUUUUAAUUUAUUACUCGGAAGAAAUUCGAAAUAAUUCGGAUAAUUAUCACUUUCUAGAUGCCCAUAAAAAUUCUCAUCACCCUUUCCAAAAUAAAUACAACGUAACAAAUUGUAGCAGUGUGACGGACGACUUCUGCCCACCUCUCAGCUUAAAUAACUUUUGCAAAAUUUACAGCUCCACGUGUCACUACGCCAUUUCGGAAAAAAUAAUUUCCAUCGAGUCGUUGUACUGCUUGGUUAGCAAAUUGAAAGACGAAAUAAUGCUAUCGGGGGGGGUCCAAACGGACGAAAAAACGGGCGAAGUGGGAACUUUCAACAGGUGUAGUCAUCUGCCAAAUGGAGAACCCAACCAGAAGAAGAAUACCCAGCGCGGCAGUACUAUGAGGAACCACCGUAGUGACGCCGAAUGGGCUUCCCUUCUCCCCUUCUUGGAGCAAAAACUGCACAUCGUGGAUGAACUGCGAAUUUUAGUUUAUUGCGAUUCGCUAUACGAACUUGUAGACAGCAGUAACUACGUCAGUGAAGUUGUGAAGUUGGUUAACAACGCGUGUGGUGCGCUCGCAGGGGGGGGGAACGCAACGGACGGUCACAACAUCGGGGGGAAAAAAGGUUUACAGACAAGUGUACGGACAACUUUGCAGACGGCCUUCCAAACGCAUAUGAACCAGUUCAUGGACUUAUACAUUAACAUACUGAAUGACGCGAAGCGAAAGCUAACGUUCUGCUGCGAAGGGGUCGUAUCAGUCGUAGUUCACUACGUACUAUGGAAUUUAAUAAAUUACAUCUUUAACCUAAAUAACAUCGAAAUUGUGCACCAGAUUAGGAGUGAACUACUCCCAGUAGUAGCAGUAGGCCCCAAAAGCGGCAGCCAAGGAAGGACAAACCAGCGUGUGCCCAUCCCAGGUGCAGGCCCCAAAGGGAGUGAACAAUUUAUGGCGAACCAGAAAAAGGAGGCCAAAGUUUUACCCCCUCGGAAGGAUGCAAAAUUCGCGGGAGCCAACCUCGUCAGUAAUAAUAAAUCGGAUAUACGCGAAGCGAGUACGCAAAACAAAAGUGAUGAUUCUACAAACAGCAACAACAGUGGCAACUUUCUUACGGAUGCACCUCAAAGCGUAGUAAACACCUUAAGAAAUUUCUUUAGCAAAAUUUCAAAUACCAUAAUUCAGCAUAUAACAAAUUUGGAAAGAGAAGUAGAGGAGUAUUUAUCUCAAAGCGAGAGUGACAAUAGCCCCAUGUGUGAUGUGCGCAAUUCUGUGUACAUGAAUCUAUACAGAGAGCUAAAAAAUGUGAACUCGGAAAGGCACAGAUUUUACUUCAUUUUUCUCGCAAAAGGGAUAAAUUAUUACGAUCAAUAUGUAGACCUCCAUUUGGGUAACCUGCCUAAGCUCGACCAAUUGGUUAAAUGUGCAAAUGCAGAUUUCUUCCAGUAUAAGCACGUGCAUUCCGUCAUUUUGAAGUACCACUACUCUAAGCUGGUACCUGAGAGCUACGUUACUCAGUACGAAAUGAGCGUCUUGAAAGAAAUACAAAGUAAAAUCAAAUCACGCAUUGUGUGA